AUGCUUCCAUGGACACCUAAGUUUGAUCCUGAAUCGGAAAAAAACUCAAGGGCAACAGUUUGGGUGCGUUUUCCAUAUCUUCACUUUGAAUAUUGGGAGGAGGAAAUAUUAUUUCGAAUAGCUCGUGGCCUUGGCAAGCCUGUGGCUGUUGAUCCGAGAACAUUAAAAGUAGAAUAUGGUUAUUUUUCUGCGAUACUUGUGAAUAUAGAUUUUUCAAAACCUUUGCCUAAGCUUGUCAUUGAUGAUGAAGAUUGUCCGGAGGGUUUUCAUCUUGAUUAUGAUUUUUUGAAUAAGCCAGAAUUUUGUGAUCAUUGUAAAUCAGUUGGUCACACUUUAUCCCAAUGCAGACCGGCUAAGUAUAAAGAUUUGGAGAAGUUGCAUGAUGCUGAGGAGGAUGCUUUGAAACGUGCGGCUCUCAAGGCUGAAAUGGAUGAACUGAAGGAUUAUUGGAAGAAGGAAAAAUAUGUUAAGCCAAAAGAUAAGCCUCCACCGCCGGCAUACACUAGAGGAGGAGGAUAA